AUGCAAGGUUGGGCCGGCUCGCUCAGAUCGGCCUCCGCGGACAAGAGCAAAGGGUCCGACCACGGUGACUCGGUCGACGACCAGGAUCAUGUGGAGAGCGAGCCGGCGCCCGCGAGCCCGAGCAGGAGCUGCUCGUCGGCCGAGCUGGAGCACCUGACCGGCGAUUCGCACGGCGCUGCGGCGGCGGCGAGCGGCGGGCGGCUGCACGGCCGCACUCUCUUCGGCACCGACCUCGGCUCCGCCGCCUCUUCGUGCAGCGGGCGCCUCGAGGUGAUCGCUGUGUGCACCGCGUACUCUCUCUUCGGGCCGGCGGUGAUCGUGGUCAACAACCACAUCAUCAAGGGGCUCGGCUUCCCGUACCCGAUGACCCUCUCCGCCAUCGGCCUCUGCACCACCGCCACCUUUUGCGCCGUCGCGAUCCGCGUCCACCCGCAGCUGGCGACGCCCGCGAGCCAGCUGCCGCUCUCGACGCUGGGCGACCCCCCCGGCGCUGCGGUGGGCGGGGCGUACGAUGCGGACAGCUGCCACGACGAGGAGGAGGAGGCGGAGGUGCGGUACCAGGCGGCGCGCGGGCGAUGGCGGCCGUCGUACCGCUUCUGGCUGCGCAGCAUGGUGCCGAUCGGCGUGGCGCAGGCGGUCACAUUCGCCUGCGGCAACGCGGCGUACAUGUACCUCACAAUCACCUUCACUCAGAUGCUCUCCGCCUUCACGCCCUCUGUGACGCUGCUGCUCCUCUACCUCACCGGCGUGGAGACGCCGACGGCGCGCGCGACGCAGGCGGUGCUGAUGAUUGGCGCGGGCUGCGCCCUCUCCUCCUAUGGUGAGGGCCACUUCCACCCGGUCGGGGUGCUCUUUCGGUGCGCCGGGAUCUUGACCGAGGCGUCGCGCCUCGUGCUCACGCAGCUGCUGCUCAAGCGGUACCGGCUACGCAUCGUCGAGUCGCAGUACUACCUCGCGCCGAUCGGCGCCGCCUCGCUCCUCUUCGCCGCCGCCUUCACCGAGCUGCCCCUCGCCUACCAGCGCGGCGCGUGGGGUAUCGUGACGGCGCACCCUCUCACGUUCCUCGCUUCGGCGCUGCUCGGGCUAGCGGCCUCCUUCAUGACCUUCCUCGUCAUCAAGGUGACCAACUCGGUCACCCUCAAAGUGCUCAACACGGCGCGCAACGCCGGCUUUGUCCUCUUCACCGUCACCUUCCUCGGCGAGCCCGCGACGGCGCUGCAGCUCGCGGGCUACGCCAUAUCGCUCACCGCCUUCUCCGUGUAUACGUACUACAAGCUGCAGGAGAAGUAAACCGCUGCGCCCCCCCGAACGACGACGCGCGACGCAGACACGCCGCCGGUCGCGGAAACGUUAUAAUGCGAGGAGGGAGGUGUCGUGUGUCGUGGACGUUUUGCCAUUUGGAUGCGGGCGUGUUGUGUGUGUCAGAAAAAAGAAAAAAACUCUA